AUGGGAGAUAACGGAAACGAAAACAAUAAUGGAAAUAGAGGUUUCGAAGGAAUAAACCCGCCGAUUGUCAGCGCAACGAUUAAUGUUGAAAAUUUUGAAUUCAAACCCGUGAUGUUUCAGAUGAUCAAUAACAAUGGUCUCUUUGGAGGAAUGUCUAGUGAUGAUCCUUUGUCCCAUAUGUGUUCCUUUAACCAGAUGUGUGAUAAUUUCAAACAAAGAGGCAUGACGGCUGAUGCAUUUAGGCUGAGAUUAUUUCCCUACACACUACAAGGGAAAGCUCGUGACUGGUUUGAGUAUUGGCCUUCCAUCACCACUUGGGAGGAAUCAAGAGAAAAAUUCCUAAAAAGAUUUUUCCCACCCACUCGAAAUGAAAAUCUAAGAAAUGUCAUCACAUCAUUCCGACAAAUGGAUGGUGAAUCGUUAUGGGAAGUGUGGGAGAGAUGGAACAAUUUGCUGAGAAAAUGUCCAACACAUCGACUCCGUGAUGAUGUGAAACUUGAGACAUUUUACCAAGGUUUAGAUGCUCAAACACGCAUGUUAGUAGAUACAUCAGCUAGAGGAGCUUUGCUUACAAAGAGCUAUGACGAGAGUGUGAAGAUAUUGGAUAGAAUAGCAACCAAUAAUUUCCAGUGGCCCACAGUUAGGGUACAUGCAAGUGGUUCGAAAGGAAGUACAUCAGAUGAAGCUCGUCUUGCAGCUCAAAAUGAUGCAUUAGCAGCUGAGUUGGCUUCGAUCAAAAGUAUGAUGAAGAAUAUGAUGUCAAGCAGUGGGAUGAAAGAAAAGAAGUUUCAGCAAAGGCCUCAAAACCCUCCGGGGUUUUAUCAAAUACCAAAUCAGCAAGUGAGACCACAAGGAGGUGCAUUCCACCAGACAUCAGGAAGUAGUUCAAAACCAGCAGCACCUUCAUCAAAUCAAGAGAUGUCACCUUUCAAGAAAGCCAUGAUGGAGUUUAUUAUCAAACAAGAUCAAAAGACUGAGGCACGUGAGAAGAAUCAAGCAAUUGCUAUGAGAAAUUUGAAAAAUCAAUUAGGGCAAUUAGCACAAGCACUGAACUCUCGAGAACCUCGAACGUUGCCAAGUAACACUCAAAAUCCAAGUAAUGGCAAUGAUAAAAGGCAAUGCAAUGCCAUCACGCUUAGAUCGGGAAAAGAGUUAACUCCAAAGAAUCAUGACUUACCAGCCACGAAAGAUGAGCAACAGUCGAAGAAAGUGAACAAGGAAGGUCCAACAAGUUCAAGUCUAAGUGCUGGAAAUCAAAAGAAGGCCCAAGAAAAAGAUGCUCCAACUGGUGCGACAGUUGCACCAACAACUUUGCCCUUCCCGCCUAGGGAAAAUAAGUCCAAAGUUGAUGAUGGGCAAUUUAAGAAGUUUCUAGAGAUCCUUUCUCAGCUUCAUAUCAACAUCCCUUUUGUUGAAGCCUUAAAACAAAUUCCCACAUAUGCAAUGUUUAUGAAGGAUGUUCUUACAAAGAAAAGAGUUUUUGGAGAAUUUGAGAUUGUUGCAACGACAAAAAGUUGCACAUCAAUAAUCCAAAACAAAUUGCCUGUGAAAAAGGAUGAUCCAGGUAGUUUCGUUCUACCUUGUAGAAUUGGAAUGUUAGACAAGAUAGGCUUAUGUGAUUUGGGAGCAAGCAUAAAUGUGAUGCCUUUGUCUAUUUUCCGAACAUUGGGAAUUGGAGCAGCUAGGCUAACCACUAUCUCACUCCAGCUGGGAGAUCGAUCGGUGGUAUAUCCAGAAGCUACCGUUGGAGCUUUGAUUGAUGUGAAAAAAGGAGAAGUCACAUUGAGAGUGAAUGAUGAGAAAAGGACGUUCAAUAUGUUUAAGGCUGUGAAGCAACCUUUUAAUAUGGAAGAGUGCUCAUUUGUACGAGUCAUGGAUAACUUGGUAAAUGCAGAAGUGGCUCAAUUGAGUAAAGUGACUCAUGAUAUUGAGGAAAUUGACGAAUGGAAAGUAAAGGAAGAUGUGAGAUGGGUCAAGGAGGAGUUGGACCUGAAGGAUAGGGUAACUGCACCAACAUUACCCUCUAUUGAAAAAGCACCAGAUUUAGAGCUGAAGCAGCUUCCAACACACUUGAAAUAUGCAUAUUGA